AUGCCCCGGCAUCGCAAAAAUAAGAAACGCCAUCAUGCCCAGAGUGCACCUCAGAGUGGUGGCAAUGCUCCGGCCACUGAAGAAGCUGAAGAGGAGUCCACUCUCUCCUUCUCUACUCAGUGUGAAGGUAUUAGCCACCAUCUGCCUGUGGCUGGGUCACAUCACACUUCCCAGGGAACUCAAAGUAUGCUAACCACCACCACCACUUCUGUAGCUGUUUCUUGCCCUGUGUCUGACGAAGCUUUCAGCAGCCAAGCUGAGGAUGAGGCUGUCUCCUCUGAGGUCCCACUCUUCACAGAAGUCUCAGAGGUGGAUGAGUUCAAAAACCAGACUGUGUCUUUGGAACAAUUCAUUCUGAACAAGUAUAAGUUGAGAAAGCCCAUUUUGAAAGAUGAUAUGCUGCAUAUUGUUGGAAAAAAUUACCAACACCGAUUUCCUGAGAUGCUCAAGAAAGUUUCUCAGCAAAUUGAAACCUUCUUUGCAUUAGACAUGCAUGAAAUGGACUCAACCAGACACUCCUACACCCUUGUCAGCAAGCUGAAACUCCCCAAUAAUGGGAGGGUGCGUCCUGGCAAGGGGUUACCCAAGACUGGUCUCCUGAUGCAUAUUCUGGGUAUGAUCUUCUUGAAUGGCAACUGUGUCUCUGAGGAAGAGGUCUGGAAAGAUUUGCGUCUGAUGCGUGUGUACCCUCGGAGGAAGCACUUCAUCUUUGGGGAGCCCAGGAAGCUCAUUACCAAUUUUGUGAGGCUGAAGUACCUGGAGUGCCAUCAGGUACCUCAUAGUGAUCCUCCUUGCAAUGAGUUCCUGUGGGGUUCAAAAGCAUAUCAAGAAACCAGCAAGUUGAAAGUGCUGGAGUUUUGGGCAAAGGUCAAUGGUACCCACCCCAGUGCCUUCCCAUACUGUUAUCAGGAGGCUUUGCGAGAUGAAGAAGAGAGAGUCCGAGCCAGAAUUAUAGCCAGGGUUGCCACUACUACCCAAGUCACUGCACUUUCCAGGGCCAUAGCCAGAACAACCCUUCUACCCAUAGAGAAAUCUAAAGCUUGUCAUCCUUCACACCAGAAUAUAUAA